CGCACGUUUCGAGAUAUAGAGACACUCGAGAUUCGCUAUAGAAGUGCGCCCGCUAUAACUUGUUAAAAAAAAGGUUUUGAAGAGGUGCGAAGUCGACGUUUUUACCAUUUUCCAAGAUAUGCAUUCAGCAGGUUCAUCUGCAUCAUUCUGCCCAAACGGCUGUGGCUAUCCUGUGGAGCGUGAUAAUAUGAAAAGUUAUCUAUCAUUACCAAAACCAGAAGACCAUUUGUUGACUUCAAAAACAAAAAGAGGUUCACCUGAUGAAAAUUGUCUACAGAUUCUGGCUCCAGGUCACGACACCCAUGAGAAGAAAAGUGUGACUGAAUGCAAUGAAAUAGAACAACAAUAUAAACAAAUGUAUGAUUCAAAGAAACAGUUGAUGAUGAACAAGGAAGAGAUGGAACAUAAAUGUGAACAUUGUGGAGAGAAAUUUGAUUUACUAGGUUUGAAAACACAUGUGGGAAUUAAGAUAGAAAAGGUACAAUUUCAAUGUGACCACUGUGGAAUGGAAUUUGACCACAAAAGUGAAAUGGAAAGACAUGUGAUGAUACAUACGAAAGAGAAUCUAUUUGAAUGUAAACAUUGUGCAAAGACAUUUAAGAAAAAAAUUGAUCUGAAAAUGCAUUUAAGGACACAUCCAGAAGAGAAUUUAUAUGAAUGUGAACACUGUGCAAAGAGGUUUUACAGCACUUAUCAUUUAAAAAGACAUUUGUUGGUACAUUCAGUAGAAAGACCAUAUCAAUGUGAGCUUUGUGAAAAGAAGUUUAAGAGCGAUAGUAACUUAAAAUCACAUUUAAUGACACAUUCAGGGGUAAAACCAUUUGAAUGUGAACAUUGUGCAAAGAAAUUUAUAAGAAAUAGCGACUUGAAAACCCAUUUGAGGAUACAUACAGGAGAUAAGCCAUAUGAAUGUGAACAUUGUGCAAAAAAAUUUCAGAGUAAUAGUCAUUUAAAAACACAUUUGAGGAUACAUACAGGAGAGAAAGCACCUGAAUGUGAACAUUGUGCAAAGAAAUUUAUAAGAAAUAGCGAUUUAAAAGCACAUUUGAGGAUACAUACGGGAGAAAAGCCAUAUGAAUGUAAACAAUGUGGGUUGAAGUUUAGCCAUAACAGCGCAUUGAACCAUCAUUUGAAGAAACAUUCAGAUUCAGGAGAUACACCAUAUCAAUGUGAACAUUGUGCAAAGAAAUUUACAAGCAGUUUCAUUUUGAAAAGACACUUAAGGAUGCACUCAAGUGAACGACCAUAUCAAUGUGAGCAUUGUGAAAAGAAAUUUAAGAGUGAUAGUAAUUUGAAAUCGCAUAUAAAGACACAUUCGGGGGUGAAACCUUUUGAAUGUGAACAUUGUUCAAAGAAAUUUAUAAGAAAUAGCGACUUGAAAACUCAUUUGAGGAUACAUACGGGAGAUAAACCAUAUGAAUGUCGACAUUGUGGGAAAUCGUUUACCCAUAUAAGCACUUUGAUCCAACAUUCCGUUUUACAUUCAGAAAAAAAACCAUUUGAAUGUGAACAUUGUGCAAAAGUAUUUAAAAGAAUUAGCGAGUUGAAAGCACAUUUAAGGAUACAUUCUUCAGGACAGACACCAAAUGAACGUCAACCACAUAUGUGUGAACAUUGUGAAAAAAAAUUUACAAGUGGUAGAGAUCUGAAGAGACAUAUAAGGAUACAUACAGGAGAGACACCAUACGUAUGUGAGCAUUGUGGAAAGAAGUUUAAGAUGGUUGGCAGUUUGAUCAGUCAUUUGAGGAUACAUACAGGAGAGAGACAAUUUUUAUGUGAACAUUGUGCCAAGAAAUUCAAGACCAAUGGUGAUUUGAUAACGCAUUUGAGGAAACACACAGGCGAGACACCAUACGAAUGUAAACUUUGUUUGAAAAAGUUUAAGAGCAAUAGCAAUUUGUAUACACAUUUGAAGAACUUACAUUCAGAAAAAAAGCCAUAUGAAUGUCAAUUUUGUGAGAAGAAAUUUAAGAGCAGUAACUAUUUAAAAAUACAUAUGAGGAUACAUACAGGAGAGAUGCCCUACAAAUGUGAAGUUUGUGAAAGAAAUUUUAAACACAGUAACACUUUGAAAAGGCAUUUGAGGAUACAUACAGGAGAGACACCUUACGAGUGUGAACAUUGUGGAAAGAAAUUUAGAACCAAUAGCGAUUUAAAAAUACAUUUGAGGAUACACACUGGAGAAACACCUUAUAAAUGUGAGCAAUGUGCAGUAAAAUUUAGAUACGGUAGAGAUUUGAAAAAACAUUUGAUGAUUCACACAUAAAAAAGAUAAUUUAAAUGUGAACAUUAGCAAAUAAAAGACAAAUUUGUAAAUAAGGAAUAAUUUGAGACAAUAAUUUUGUUUAUAUAAAUGCAGGGAUGUAGUUAAGGUGGAGCCACCAAGCCUUAAUAUUUUCCACCCAGUCUAAAGCCAAUUCCAUGGCCCUCCACCCACCCUUAUUAACCCACUUUUCCAUCCUUAAAAUCCACUCAUUCAUAUUUAUUUAGAGUUUGCCAAUGUUUUCACCCACCACCCUUAGUUUCCUAGAGCAACAACGCUGUACAGUGUAAAUGUUGAUACUAACAUACUGUAAAGAUGAUUUUGGGGUUAUUUUGUCCUGUUGUUUAGUGAAUAUACACCUUUGUUUCAGCAACACUUUCUGAAGUAAAUACAUUACGGACUGUAAUUUGAAUAAUUAAUAAAUUCUUGCAUGUGUUGCUUUUAUGCUCCUCGCUCAAUAAUUUGUACAGUAGUUUUGCCUGUAGCCUGUUUUAAAUUUACACUAACAUACUGUACAGCUUACGAAAUGGAUGGUGCUACGAUAUAUUUCUUCCAGGUUUGUGCAGGCAUCUGUGCAGUAUUACUGUAUGAUAUCAGCAGAUAAUUUAUUUUCAAUAAAAAUUGAUUUAUAAAGCCUAAUAUCCUCAACAGAAUGCUAUGAUUAUUAGCACUGUGAAAUGAAUUUAUUUCUUAUAUUUUUAAGAUGAAAUGAAAUCUGCCAUAAGGGAGAGGUUGCAGGUUGAUUGAAUCCCACCUGACACUUUUUAUCAUACAUACACCGGUACUUGAAGUUCCACGAAGUCUUUUAGCAAAGCUUUCUUGGCUAUGCAAAAUUUGCUUUAUUAUAAAACCCCUCUGAGUAACCAUGUCAUAUAUUGUCUAAAAGGUGAAAACUUCAGUGGGAGGUCACUCCAUGCUUCCCAGCCUGGCCUUGUGUUGUGAUUAAGAUUUGUUUCCAAGUUUGCUGAAAAUGUGUGGGGAAUAUAUAUAAUCUUGGUUUUUAAUAAAAUCUAUGCUAGUCAUCUUUUGAA